GAUAAGAAUCCAUAUAAAAUAUCCGAACUACUUUCACCUUGUCAGAACUGCACAAUGCUCAAAGCUUUGAUUUUCCUGGCUCUUCUUUUCAAUUCAACAUCAGCAGAAGAUGGAGCUAGCCAGGACUGGAUGUUUGACUUUGCAAAGGCAAGAAUCCCUUUAUUAAGGUUUGAUGGAAGCGCCAAAGGACACUGUUUUCCGGACUUAGCAUCAGAUCAAAGCAAUGGUAUAUGCAGAGAAUUCAAUGAGUUUGCUCCCCUUUAUUAUGACUUUGUGGAAUGUGGAGAUUAUGCCAAGUUGGUUUGGUGGAUUUGGUAUGGUUGGCAGGGGGAGUGUAUUUUGGGUGGUGGAAGUCAUGACAAUGAUUGGGAGCACAUCACUGUCAACUUUAUCAAGAACAGCGGCUCUUGGGAGCAGGACUCAGUCACGUGGUUUCAACACAGUGGCUGGUAUACGAGAGACGUAAAGGACACCCAUCCUAAUAUUUAUGUUGGAAAGAAUGCUCAUGGUAGCUAUGACAACUGGUGUGAUGGAGUAGGAUUUAUCUGGGAGCAGGAUUAUUGUCAAGGAGGCUGUCUAUACUGGGAUGAUUACAGGAAUGACAAUGCUAACACUAGAUGGACCCCUACUAACAUACGCCAUGUGUCAACAGUUAAAGGAGAUGUCGCUAAGAGAAUCACUGGUGUCAAGUACUUCAAUGAUGAAAAGCUUCAUAGCUGUAUUGGUGAUGAUAUCAGAUGUGCUUCUACAAGUCCUUGUGGUUGCUGGAGGAAUAAUCAUAAGUUCCCAGCUCCAGUUUGUAAUGUUUAAAAUUGAAGAAAUAUGUGAUAAUUUU